UAAGAUAUGUACUUGAUGACCACGAUAGUGACGACACAGCCUCCUUCAUGCUAUUUCAUAAUCGCUGCAAGAAAAAAGGCACUGCCGCUGCUCGGCCUAAUUAUCAAGCUGAAACACUUCCUUCACAGCCAUGACGCUCUUCGUGCAUGCAAUGGCGCAUGCCAGAAAUGCCCCGAUUCGCUUGCACAACCUUUUCGACGUGUGCGUCAUCAUCUCAGCGGGCACAUCUCUGUACAAAAAAAACAGGCUGUAAACAGCAAAGAUAUCAUUUUUCAGAGACUGGAUUAUUGGUCAUAGAGUUUCUGUCCGCCAGGGGCGCGAUUUUGAGAUGUUGGCGACUCCAGCUGUGAGACAUACUGCUGUUUUACCUGCGGUGGAAAGGUACAGUGAUUUUCAUGAUCUCAAGAUACGCUUCGUGGAGUAGCUGCCGCCAUGAGCGGGAUCUCGAUAUAUUUGCGACUCCAGCCAUCGAUGUAGUUAGUGGUUUUUACCUGCUGCGGAAAGGCAGAAUCAUUUGUGGAAUCAGGGAGAUGAUCACGUAGAGAGACAUGCCAGGGGCA